GCUUCAGAGGCACUGUGAUCUAACCAGGAAAGCCCUUGUAUGGGGCCUUUCUGGCUUCCUGGGAUGCUGCACGUGCUGGACACAUGGCCUGCACCUGAAUGAGAAUGGUCCGCCGUGGGCUGCUGGGGUGGAUUUCUCGGGUAGUGAUUGUGCUGGUACUGCUUUGCUGUGCCAUCUCUGUCCUCUACAUGUUAGCUUGCACCCCAAAAGGCGACCAGGAGCAAAAGGGACUGCCCUGGGCCAAUGGCCCCACAGGCAAAGAUGGCUACCAAGCGGUGCUGCAAGAGCGUGAAGAACAGCAUCGCAACUACGUGAACAGCCUUAAGCGGCAGAUCGCACAGCUCAAGGAUGAACUGCAGGCACGCAGUGAACAGCUCCGCAGCGGGCUGGACCAGGCCAGCGAUGCCACUGGUCUGCGCUCAGGCUGGGACCCUGCGCCAAAAGCCCAGGCCGAUCUGCUGGCCUUCCUGCGUGGGCAGGUGGACAAGGCUGAGGUACAUGCGGGUGUCAAACUGGCCACAGAAUACGCUGCCGUGCCUUUUGAUAGCUUCACCCUGCAAAAAGUGUAUCAGCUGGAGACUGGCCUGACUCGCCACCCUGAGGAGAAGCCUGUGAGGAAAGACAAGCGAGAUGAGCUGGUGGAAGCCAUCGAAUUUGCUCUGGAGAGUCUGAACAGCCCUGAGGAAAGCAGCCCACACCAGCGUCCUUACACAGCUGCAGACUUCAUAGAAGGGAUCUACCGAACAGAAAGGGAUAAAGGCACUUUGUAUGAGCUCACCUUCAAAGGGGACUACAAACAUGAAUUCCAACGGCUUGUCCUAUUUCGACCCUUUGGCCCCAUUAUGAAAGUGAAAAAGGAAAAACUCAGUAUGGCCAACACGCUUAUCAAUGUUAUUGUGCCCCUAGCGAGGAGGGUGGACAAGUUCCGGCACUUCAUGCAGAACUUCAGGGAGAUGUGUAUCCAACAGGAUGGGAGAGUUCAUCUCACUGUUGUUUACUUUGGGAAAGAAGAAAUGAACGAAGUCAAAGGAAUACUUGAAAACACUUCCAAAGCUGCCAACUUCAGGAACUUCACCUUCAUCCAGCUGAAUGGAGAAUUUUCACGCGGAAAGGGACUGGAUGUUGGAGCCCGCUUCUGGAAGGGAAGCAAUGUCCUGCUCUUUUUCUGUGAUGUGGACAUCUACUUCACCUCUGAGUUCCUCAACACAUGUAGGCUGAACACACAGCCAGGCAAGAAGGUAUUUUAUCCGGUCCUUUUCAGUCAGUAUAACCCUGGCAUAAUCUACGGCCAUCAUGAUGCAGUCCCACCCCUAGAGCAGCAGCUGGUCAUAAAGAAGGAAACUGGAUUUUGGAGGGACUUUGGAUUUGGGAUGACUUGUCAGUACCGGUCGGACUUCAUCAACAUAGGUGGAUUUGACCUGGACAUCAAAGGCUGGGGUGGUGAAGAUGUGCACCUGUACCGGAAGUAUCUCCACAGCAAUCUCAUAGUUGUACGCACGCCUGUACGGGGACUUUUCCACCUUUGGCAUGAGAAGCACUGUAUGGACGAACUGACCCCUGAGCAGUACAAGAUGUGCAUGCAAUCCAAGGCCAUGAAUGAGGCAUCCCAUGGGCAGCUGGGGAUGCUUGUCUUCCGGCAUGAAAUAGAGGCUCACCUUCGCAAACAGAAGCAGAAGGCGGGCAGUAAAAAGACAUGACCUCAUAGGCACAGAUUAGCAGAGACAUUGAAGUUGUUUGCCUUAGGCACUUACUGAACAAGUAGAUGCAACAAGGUAUAGACUUCUACAGAGGGCAACAAAGAAUCUGUCCGGAUGAGUAAAAGAGAUGAAAGCAGAGUCCGGUUCCUGUAGGCUGUGUGUAUGGUGACAGUGACUGUGCUUACAGCAAAAUGAUCUCUCUGUCCCUGCUCACUGAAAUAUUCAUGACCUCAGACUAGUUUUGCAAAAAGUUCACUAGAAGAGAUGCAAGCACACUGGCUUCUCUUCUUAAGAAUGGUUACAUCAUAAAGCUUUGGUAUCCAGGAUUAUCAGAGCUUCAGAAGAAGCAGAGAACCUAUGAGAAAUGUGGAGAUAGAACAUGAACACCCUCCAGGGGACAGUGAGCAAAAUAAAGGGACCUGGAAACAAACUGUCAGUACUGUGAUGCCCCCAAUAUUAACCAAAAAAAAAACCCUCUUUUCAGUUAUCUUUUAGUCAAUAUUCUAAAAAUGCAUUUUUUCUUGUAUUAUGUUUAUUUAAUUACCUGUUUGCAAGCCUUAGGAGGAGCACAUUGAAGUAUAUAACUUUCACGAUUUUUAAGAUUUGUUUUUAUUUUGUGUUGAUUUGUUGGUUUGUUUAUUUGAGACUUCUUGACACAGAGUCCAAGCUAACUUUGAAAUCAAGAUCCUUCUGCCUCAGCAGCCUGGGUUCUGAAAUUACAGAUAUGCACCACCAAUAUUACCUAUAGAGAUGUGUGACAAGAACCUUCAGUUUCAAACAUCUGAUAGCAAAUCUGAGGACUUGCCAAACUCAGAUGAAGAUAAGGCUGUAUGGGGCAGCAGAGAGAAAGGUAUAUAGAAACUAAGACUGUCCAAAGAGGAACAAUCAAACACUGGAGAAAGGAAAAGACACUUUUGUCUUCACUAACACCUUGGUAUUGUUACUGGAGAACAUACAUUCCCCUCUGGAGAAAUGGGGACCACUUUCUUAACUGUUUGAAUAAACCAAAGUCAUGAACCAAACAAUCGCUUUUCAAAGCAGGGUGCUCUUUCUGGUCUCUGGCUUCCAUAAGAAGAAAAUGCAGGAAAAAUAUACAUAUAUUUUGUGAAAGACCAGUCCAUUAAUCCAGUGAGAUGGAAGAUUUUGCUACAUUUUCACUCAUCCCUGGCUACGUGGAAGCAAAUUAUUUUUAAAAUAAGCAAUGUUACUCGGUUGCCAAGAUGCUUCUGAAGCUUGCAUUUUCUUACAACUUCAAACUCUUUUUUAAAAAAAUAAAUAUGGGUAACAUUGAGUGGGUUCUACAUCCAUGUGCAAAUUAUUUAUUUAUUAGCCAGCACCAGAUGCAUGAGCUAUUUACCUCCUCUGUCUCUGUGCCUUCUGUUUGCCCACAAUGAAUUCAUUGUUUAAAUGCUUAAAGAACACUCAAGCUGUGUGUGUCUGGGGAGGGGGAGAGGAGCAUUGUAUUGAUUUGGACUGGUCAUUUAUAAAGUUUAUAAAGUUUAAUUAAAACACGAGACAAGAAUGAAAAGUGGCAUUGCACAGCUAAUAAAAUUUGUGAAUUUGA